CGGCUAACAGCUAGCGGCUAGCCGGUCCUCAGCGGUCCUCUGGCCGAGCAGCGGACCCUGAGAGGCGGGUUGAGGUUGCAGCUCGUCUCGGUACCAUCCUGGCUCUGGUCCCGGUCUGCUGCUUCUACUGGCUGACAUGAAGAACUCUGCUCCGGUUCUGGUUCAUCUGACAGCUGGACUCCUCCUCAUCCCGCUGAGGGUCAGGGUCUAGGGUCUAGAGGGUCUAGGUUCUAGAGGGUCUAGGUUCUAGAGGGUCUAGAGGGUCUAGGGGGUUACUGAUGGAUCAGACUGGUGUAAUGUUCAGUCUGACUCCAGAGGAGGAUCAGCAGAACCCGGGUCAUCAUCUCCUCCAGUGAACCAGAACCUGGAUCUAGAUCAGGACUAGGACCAGAUCAGGACUAGAUCAGGCCCAGAUCAGGACUAUGUGAGAUGUUUGGACCGGGACAUGUCUGGUACUCGGUGUCCAUCAGAAGAAGCAGAGCUGGUUUAAAGGACUUCAGGCUGAUCAUCAAUCACUGAUCUGAUCUCUGAUCUCUGGAUCCACCAUGGGACCCGGAACCAGACUGGCCUUCAGUGUGUUCCUCAUCUCCUGCUGCUCAGGAGCCAUCCUCGGCCGCUCAGACACCCAGAAGUGUGUCCACUACAAGUACCACCCUUCCUCCUCCUCCUCAUCCUCCUCCUCCUCCUCUUCCUCCUCCUCCUCAUCCUCCUCCUCCUCGGUGGUGGAGAGUCGGGGGAACAUCAGUGGCGUGGUCUCCUGCUCUGCUGAAGAGAAGGAUAAGAGACUUCACUGCUUCGCCACCUGGAAGAAUGUGUCAGGAGCGGUUCAGGUGGUCCAACAGGGCUGCUGGCUGGACGACGCCAGCUGUUACGACAGGAGUGAAUGUGUGGAGAAGAAAGAUGCUCCUGAAGUCUUCUUCUGCUGUUGUGAAGGAAGUUUGUGUAACGACAAGUUCUUCUACAGCCCCGACAGCACCCAGCCACAGAUACCAACGACGAACAAACCGGUGACGUCAAAGACUCCGGUGCUGACCACUCUGAUGUACUCACUGGUUCCCAUCAUGGCCGUCACCGCCAUCCUCCUCUUCUCCUUCUGGAUGUACCGACAUCACAAACUGGCCUACCCACCUGUCCUGGUGCCCACGCAGCACGCCUUUCAUAUAAUGAUCGAGGACCCGGGUCCUCUGCCCCUGUCCCCCGUCCUGGGCCAGAAGCCUCUGCAGCUGCUGGAGGUCAAAGCCAGAGGACGCUUCGGCUGCGUGUGGAAGGCUCAGCUGCUCAGUGAACACGUCGCCGUCAAGAUCAUCCCCAUCCAGGACAAACAGUCGUGGCAGAACGAGUUUGAGAUCUUCAGCCUGAACGGGAUGAACCACGAGAACCUGCUGCAGUUCCUCGGAGCGGAGAAGAGAGGAAGUAACCUAGAGCUGGAGCUGUGGCUGGUCACCGCCUACCACGACAAGGGUUCUCUGAUGGACUACCUGAAGGCCAACAUCCUGUCCUGGUCUGAACUGUGUCUCAUCGCUCAGUCCAUGUCUCGAGGUCUGGCCUACCUGCAUGAAGACAUACCUGGACACAAGGACGGACACAAACCUGCCGUCGCACACAGGGACUUUAAGAGUAAGAACGUGCUGCUGAAGUCCAACCUGACCGCCUGCAUCGCUGACUUCGGCCUCGCUCUCAGGUUUGAGGCGGGAAAAUCUCCUGGAGACACACAUGGACAGGUGGGGACCAGGAGGUACAUGGCCCCAGAGGUCCUGGAGGGGGCCAUCAACUUCCAGAGAGACGCCUUCCUGAGGAUCGACAUGUACGCCGUGGGGCUGGUUCUGUGGGAGCUGGCCUCACGCUGCAAGGCUGCUGACGGUCCGUUGGAUGAGUACAUGCUGCCGUUUGAGGAGGAGGUGGGUCAGCAUCCGUCUCUGGAGGACAUGCAGGACGUGGUGGUCCACAAGAAGCUGAGACCGACUCUCAGAGAGACCUGGCAAAAACACACCGGUCUGGCGGUGCUCUGUGAGACCGUUGAGGAGUGUUGGGAUCACGAGUCUGAAGCUCGGCUGUCGGCCGGCUGCGUGGAGGAGCGCGUCGUGCAGAUGCAGCGGCAGACGAGCGUCACGGGGCCCGAGGAGGUCGUCACGGUUGUCACCAUGGUAACCAACGUGGACUACCCGCCUAAAGAGUCAAGUCUAUGAUGAGGCGCGAAGACCAAUCAGGACAGAGCAGGGACUCCCUCAGUGAGCGGUUCUGUCUCUGAUGCAGACUCAGGUGACCCGCCGGGUGGACAGGUGACCCGCCGGGUGGUCAGGUGACCCGCCGGGUGGACAGGUGAGCCUCAGACUGAUGAGGACAACAUGGCGGAGAGUCUCUUGUCCACAGGAUGAGCCAAACUGAUCUCUGACAUCAGUUCCUGUUUUGUAUUACAAAAUAAAAGACUUCCUGGACAGAGUAUUUCUAGGAUAAA